AUGACGGCGGUGCCUGUGCGGGUGACGGAGAAGGGGUCGAAGACGAAGACAGAAUGGAACACCAAGGCGCUGGGCCAGAGGAUGGCGGUGGAUGCUGCUUGUGCCGCGACGGCGGGUGGACUCGUGGCGCCAGUCAUUAGCAUGAUAGACAACAGAGCGAUCAUAGAGAAUGCGUCCGGACGAAGACCCAUGAUGACCUCCCUGAAAGCAUCCCUAAACACAUUAUUACUACGACCGCAUCGCUUCUUCACCUCCCGACCCUUCGCCUUGAUAUUCAUGCUGUACAGCGGGACGUACCUCACGGCGAACAGUCUAGACACCUUCAAAUCUACUGUAAACGCCAGGCCCGCGUCGUCGACCACAUCGGGCCCGUCCAAAUUCGCUGCAACGAGCGUCGCGAACCUGAGUCUCUGCCUUUACAAGGACAGCCAGUACACGAAGAUGUUCGGUGCCGUCUCUCCUCGUCCAGUGCCACCGGUCACGUACGCGCUCUUCGCCGUGCGAGACUGCCUCACCAUCUUCGCGUCCUUCAACCUGCCUCCCGUACUCGCCCCGCAUCUGCCGCUUUCGGAGACGGCGGAACAGUACGUGAGCAGGGCGUCUGCCGCGCAGUUCCUGGCGCCGGCGGCAAUACAGUUGUUGAGUACGCCCUUCCACCUGCUUGGUCUGGAUCUGUAUAACCGAAAUGGCGGUACGACCUUCAGCGACCGCAUGCGCAAAGUCAGGCUAGACUGGUUUAAGAGCAGCAUUGCGCGGAUGUGCCGCAUCGUGCCGGCCUUCGGUUUCGGUGGGAUUGUGAAUAAUGGGCUUCGACAGAAGUUCAUGAAGGGCAUUGAGUAG